AUGUUUGCCACUGUAGAAAUCUGUGCAAUGGGGCUAUUUUCGAUUCUUAUCCCAGAGACGAAGGGCCGUAGUCUUGAAGACAUGGAUGUCAUAUUCGGUGCCAUUAGCAAGGAAGAGCGGAACAAGAAUAUUAUCAGACAAGAGCACGAUUAG